AUGUGUUCUCUGCAUAUACCUUGCUGUUGUCUCGGAAUAUCCCUUAUUGUUCACUGGGAAUAUGUCGUGUUGUUCCCUGGGAAUAUGCCGUGUUGUUCCCUGGGAAUAUCCCUUACUGUUACCUGGGAAUAUGCCGUGUUGUUCCCUGGGAAUAUGCCGUGUUGGCCCCUGGUAAUAUGCCGUGUUGUUCCCUGGGAAUAUCCCUUAUUGUUCCCUGGGAAUAUGCCGUGUUAUUCCCUGGGAAUAUCCCUUAUUGUUCCCUGGGAAUAUCCCUUAUUGUUCCAUUGGAAUAUCCCUUAUCGUUCCCUUGGAAUAUGCCGUAUUGUUCCCUGGGAAUAUCCCUUAUUGUCCCCUGGGAAUAUGCCGUGUUGUUCCCUUGAAAUAUCCCUUAUCGUUCCCUGGGAAUAUGCCGUGUUGUUCCCUUGGAAUAUGCCGUGUUGUUCCCUUGGAAUAUCCCUUAUUGUUCCCUGGGAAUAUGCCGUGUUGUUCCCUGGGAAUAUGCCGUGUUGUUCCCUGGGAAUAUCCCUCAUUGUUCCCUGGAAUAUCCCUUAUCGUUCCCUGGGAAUAUGCCGUCUUGUUCCCUUGGAAUAUCCCUUAUUGUUCCCUGGGAAUAUCCCUUAUUGUUCCAUUGGAAUAUCCUUUAUCGUUCCAUGGGAAUAUGCCUUAUUGUUCCCUGAGAAUAUCCCUUAUUGUUCCCUGGGAAUAUCCCUUAUUGUUCCAUUGGAAUAUCCCUUAUCGUUCCCUGGGAAUAUGCCGUCUUGUUCCCUGGGAAUAUACCGUGUUGUUCCCUUGGAAUAUCCCUUAUUGUUCCCUGGGAAUAUGCUGUGUUGUUCCCUUGGAAUAUCCCUUAUUGUUCCCUGGGAAUAUCCCUUAUUGUUCCAUUGGAAUAUCCCUUAUCGUUCCCUGGGAAUAUGCCGUAUUGUUCCCUUGGAAUAUCCCUUAUUAUUCCCUGGGAAUAUCCCUUAUUGUUCCCUUGGAAUAUCCCUUAUCGUUCCCUGGGAAUAUGCCGUCUUGUUCCCUGGGAAUAUCCCUUUAUUGUUCCCUGAGAAUAUGCCGUGUUGUUCUCUUGGAAUAUCCCUUAUCGUUCCCUGGGAAUAUGCCGUCUUGUUCCCUGGGAAUAUCCCUUAUUGUUCCCUGGGAAUAAGCCGUGUUGUUCACUGGGAAUAUCCCUUGUUAUACAUAUUUUCUCUCUCUCUCUCUAACUCAUUAUCACUCACUCUCUCAAUCUCACACUCAAUGACUUCCUCUCUCUUGUUUUCCUCUCUCUCUCUCUCUCUCUCUCUCUCUCUCUUCCUACGCACAUUUACGCAACGUUAA